AUGUCAGAAAACGUAGAUGACACGAACGUUCUGCAAUCCCUGUUCCAGAUGAUGAGUUUCGAAAUGAUCCACAAAGCGGAAACGGUCUGCAGAUCCUGGCAAGAUUUAAUCGGAAGAAAUCGUCAUUGUUACGCGUAAGCCGUUUUUGGAAUCCGAUUUCAUUAGUUUGGUUGAAAAAAGCCUCUGAAAAUCUUCGCUUAUCGAGCCCGAUUAACUAUGAAAAAAAAAAUUUCGUUUUCUUCUCAGCUUUUGCUUACUUAAACCGAACGUGCUCCGGAUGUUUCUGAGCGUUUCAAGUAACCACUUAAGUGCUCGUGCCGCCGGUUUGCGUACCGAGAACCCAGUCAGAAAAAGAGCUAGGUGACUCUACCUGAAGACCUGCUUUUAACUUCAGAAUCCAACAUGAAUUUUCCUUUUUCAGACGAAAAAAAGCUAGCAAAGCCACUCUGGAAUUCGGUAUCUACACCGAUGAGUGCCACGUUGUUUUCGAAGGCGAAGAUGAGGUUUUUUCUUCCUUGAAUUUUCUGAUAAGAUACAGAUUUUUCAGUCUUGCAAAACAACUCCGAUUGACGACGAUUUUUUGAAACGAGUCAAUUGGAUCGGGCCCGAUGAGUUGAACAUUCACAGCAUCAUGCAGUUCGAUCUCACCAAAGAGUUCAAUUGCAUUCCCGAAGGCUGGUACACGGACGUCAAAAAAGUUCGUUUGUUUUCAAAAGUUGGACAGAAAAGUUAGUUAGGAAACGGAAAAAAUAUCAAAAAUCAGUAUAAAAUGGGGAAAAUAAUACAACAUGAGCAAACGUAGAGAGCGCAAAGCCCCGCCUCUUCACGGGAAAGGGUUUUGAAGCGUUUCUAGCAGUUGAACCCAGAACUAAAAUAAAAUAACUAUCAACAUAUGAGAGUUCGAAAAAGUUCUUUAAAAAAACUUGUUGAAAAAACUCACAAAUAAGCGAAAUUUUUAAUUUUCCUGAGAGCGAUAGUGCGAGUGUGCGUCGGUGUGUAUGCGUCCAAAACUCUAAAACCGGCAUUUGUUGCCACACCCGCAGCUCAUUCGGUUUCCACCGUCUCCGCUGACCAUACUAGACUAUAUUUGACCGAUUUCCUAUUCAAUAAAAUGAACAAGGCUGUUCUUAACACUGUUAAGGUAGAAAAUACAUAAAAUGAAACCGUUUUCCCUCAUAUUUUUGUUCAUAAAAGAUCUAUGAACAUUUUUUUUGUUUUAAUCGAGAUCAAUUUUUCAGCUAAAUAUCCAGUGUUGCGGGAAAGCCUUCCGGACCGAGCUCAUGGAUUUCUUUCCGCGUUUCAAGAACUUGAAGAGCUUGAAUGUGAAGGGAUAUUUCCAGAGCAAGACACUUGGAAGUAUCCUCAGUAACAUGAAGACCGUUGAAUGUAUUUCGUGAGUUUUAAUCGAUAUUCGGGCUCGUAGUUCUCUUUGAAUUUGUACCUAUGAAGAAACGUAUCCAUCAAGAUUAUUCUCAAAAGCCGAUUUUCAGAUUAAACAUGGAUGCGUCCGCACAUCCACUGAACCUUUUGGAUAUUCACGAUCCCCUGGUUUGCGCGAUCUUGGAAAACGAACCCAAAUAUGGCCGUCAAGUGGCAUACCAAAUUCGUUGGGAUCACAAGCGUCGACGCCGGGCUUUUCUCGCGGCCGAAAAACGGGCUAAAGGCGGGCAGGAUGAGGGCGAUAUCGCCUCACACCCUUUGAAUCGAGAGGUUGAUUUCGGAAAAGAUUGCGAGGUAGAUUUUUCAGUUUUUUUUUUUCAUCUGGGAUCAAAAAAAAGCUAUGAAACUGUAUGCAGGGGAUUUUAUGGAAAUUUGAACUGAAACUUUUUUUCUAAAAAAAUUCUUGUUCUAGUAGACAUUUUUUUAAUUUUUAUCCUAUUGCACUUUGAGCUGAAAGGAAUCCGGAAGAAAAUUCUACCAGAAGAGCCAAAAAAUGUUCUCCUUUUGUCAAAUAUCCAUUUUUUCGACAUGUCUCAACUUAUGGACCAGUAAGAAUAGUACGAAUUAUGAAAAAAAUAAUGAUACAAAGUAGAAAGGUUUAAAAAAAGACUCUAGAAUACUUUUCUUGAUUAAAAAGCCUUAUUUUUCAGCCGGCGGGUCUGAAGAAGCGAAACCCGCUCCGUAAAGUAGAGAACAUGGUAGCUUACGACGACGAUUUGAUGAAAUUGAUCGCCAAGUCCGACAAACUUGAUCGAUUCGAACUCUUCCAAACGGACAACCAUUACUCCUACUUCAUGUUCAUUUGCUUCUUGCGGGUUAUUUUUUUAAAUCCGCAACAAGACUGAGAAAAUCAUUGGAAAUAUGUAGUAAGAGAUCGAAUUCGUGUAACUUUCUUCAGAAAAAAGGCCAUAGAGUUGAAAGCAAAGAAAACGUUUUUUGAAGCUAUAAGAUAAAAUUUGGAGACUUUGAAAAAUUCUUUUUCGAAAAAACUGGAAAACUGUGCGUUUUUCAAUUAAAAAUUGAUCGGAUGUGUUAAACACUUUGUAAAAAUUCAACUCUUUCAAAACGCCUUUUUUUCAAAGAGACCAGUAAAUGAAAUCUACCGUAAUUUCAAUAUUCUUUUUGAUCUUUCGUUUCGAGACGCUUCAAAAACUCACGUAUAAAGUAGUGACUUAUUUCGGUCGCGUCUUUGGAGAGAAAAUCUAAUUUGGACGUCAAUUUUUCUUGUAUGUUUCUGGUUGAUAAGUUUCUCUUGUUCUUUAAAUUAGAAAAUCAAGUUGAAAAAACGUAUUUGAAUUUUUUUUUCCGCUUUCUACUCAAAAGGGAGGUCAUUUUACGGGCCAGAACACUCCUUGACGUACCAGAUGAAGAUCCUGAAAGUCUCAACCUGCACAAAUUCCUAGUUUUCGAGAAAUAAGGUCUCAAAUCCUAGAAAUGGUCUAUUUUUUUAUGGAUUUUGAGGGUUUACUUUGACUGGAUGACGUAUUUUCUCAAAAAAGAGAAAGUUGUGCAGGUUGAGACCUUCAGAUAACCCUUCUGGUACAUCAAGGACCAUUAUGACCAAUUUUCAGAAAAUUCCCAACUUUGAAGUAUAAUGACCUUCCUUGUCAGGAGAAAUUGAUUAUUUAAACAGUAGCAAAUUUAUAUUGAGGGUCAAGCCCCAUUCCGCAUUUUGAAGAUGUAUGCUUAUAUACGAUUUCUGUGCACUUGCAGGAAGCCAGUUUUGCAUCGGAAUGCCAUAUUUUCUGCAAGUUCUGGGUCUACGGUAAAGAUAAUCUCGACUCCUGGAUUCGAUAUCACUGCAAAAUCCGUCAGCUAGCAGACAUCGAAGUCAAGGGCGCUAAGUACAUCUUCGAGUACCGAGAAACCGUCUUCUACCUCACUUUCGAUGAAGAUCGACCAGACGGAGAAGAAAAAUUUUUUUUGAUCGUUGAUUUAUAUUGA